AUGGAAGCAACUUCAGGGAAAUUUGAAGUGGAGAAGUUCGAUGGUAAGGGUGACUUUGGUAUAUGGAAGUAUAAGAUGCUAUGUCAGCUUGAGAUAGUAGGUUUGGGUUCUGUUCUUAAGGAGAAAACUCCUUCUAUGGAUGUUGAAGGUGAAGAACAGAAGGAUGCUAAACCUGAUCCUAAGGAGCAAGACCGGGAGCUGCGUACAAAGAAUCUGAUUAGUAUGUGUCUAUCUGAUCUUAUUCUACGAAAGGUCAUGCAUGAGCCAACGACAUUGGCUAUGUGGAAGGCUAUAGAAGCGGAGUAUCAGACCAAGACGUUACCUAAUCGAAUCUAUAUGAAGAAGAGAUAUGCAAGUUUCAGAAUGGAAGAACACAAGACCAUUGAAAAGAAUUUGGACGUGUUUAUGAAACUUGUGGCUGAUCUAGCAAGUCUGGAUAUUAAGAUCAGUGAAGAAGAUCAAGAUAUUCAGAUCUUAACCAACUUACCUAAGCAAUACGAGUCUCUCGUUGAUGCUUCAAAAUACGGCAGCGGAAAGGAGACAUUAACGGUCUGUGAUGUUACAAGCUCGGCUUAUUCUAAGGAAGUUGAAUUAAGGGAGAAGAGACUUCUUAACAAGUCUAAACGUAACUCGGAGGGGCUGUUUGCUGGCGACAACAGAGGCAGAGACAUAGAAAGAGGGAAGGUUUUGAUGGGAAAUAAUACUAUCAGCGAGAUCAAAGGGAUAGGAAAGAUCCGGAUCAUGAACGAUGAUGGAUCAAGCGUGAUUCUCACUGAUGUGCGUUACAUGCCUACAAUGGGCAGAAACCUUAUAUCCUACGGUAUAUUGGAGAAGAUGAGAUGCAGAUACGAAGGCAAAGACUUCAUGGUGCAGUUUUACAAAGGAGAUCAGAAGGUUUUUUCUGGAAAAUACUGUGAUGGUUUGUAUUAG